UUCCCGAUGCUUUCUUCAUAAAUAUCAACUACCCAAGGAUAUCAUCAAAGAGUACCUUCUGAAAGACAUUUGUUCUUUCAUUUUGGAUGCUUACAAUUUUACGUAUGAAUUUAAAUACUAUACAAACUACAAAUUGAUAAUAAGAUGGAUCCCGACUGCUUUGCGAUGACUUCAUAUCAGUUUGUCAACUCAUUGGCAUCCUGUUACCCUCAACCUCAGAUCAACCAGCAACAAAGUCACCAAGCAACCGCUGGCAAUACUACAACAAACACAAGUAGUGGAUCAAGUGGAAGUGGCGGAGCUGGAGCCUCGAGUGCCCCUCAAUCAUCUGGAUCCAGUGAAUACUUUCCCGCUGCCCCCUAUGCCUCAAAUCUCUAUCCAAAUGCUCCUCAGAGUCACUACGCAAAUCAAGCCUACAACCUAGGCGGUCAACAGAAUCCAACAGAUAUGGUAGACUAUACACAACUCCAACCCCAACGCCUCCUUUUACAAAACCAACAACAACAAUCCCAACCGUCCCAAAAUCAACAGCCCAGUUGUAAAUAUGCCGCGGAAACGCCUGCGGGUAAUAACAAUAAUAACCAGUCAAUAUCGAGUCCUCAGGAUCUAUCCACAAGAGACAUAUCACCAAAAUUAUCACCGAGUUCGGUAGUGGAGAGUGUAGCACGAUCCUUGAAUAAAACCUCAGCGACCACUGUUUCAUCAACAAAUGGCGGAACCAGCAAUCAUACCCCCACAGCAUUGAAUAACAGUAGCAAUAGUCAUACGACACAAGUUCCAAUGCACAGUCCCAACGGUGGUGAUUCGGAUACUUCAAGUGAAAGUGGCAAUGAGGGUGGCGGCAAUCAAAGUAGUUCCGGAAAGAAAGGAGGUCAACCACCACAGAUCUAUCCAUGGAUGAAGCGUGUUCAUUUAGGACAAAGUACGGUAAAUGCGAAUGGCGAAACAAAACGACAACGAACGUCCUACACCCGCUAUCAAACCUUAGAAUUAGAAAAGGAAUUUCACUUCAAUCGUUACCUGACACGACGAAGACGUAUCGAAAUUGCCCAUGCACUAUGUCUAACCGAACGACAAAUCAAGAUUUGGUUCCAAAAUCGUAGAAUGAAAUGGAAAAAGGAACAUAAAAUGGCAUCAAUGAAUAUUGUACCGUAUCAUAUGGCACCGUAUGGUCAUCCUUAUCAUCAAUUUGAUAUUCAUCCUUCACAGUUUGCACAUUUGAGUGCAUAGGACGCGUGGCACUUUUCGGGUACUGGUUAGAGACUCAAUCAGUUGUAUCAGGAACCAUAUCAGGGAUAUCAGAAUAAUCAGGAUAGUAGCAAUUCAUUGUUUAGCAAUUCUGAUUGUUCAAAGUAUCCCCAAGAGUUCUGAUCCAUUCUUACGUGAACAAGAAUAGUAAGUGCAGUGUAAGUAGAAAGUUCUUCCGUUAGGACUUUCUAUUUUACACUGUAAAACAACUGAUGUGAGCCAAAUAUGUGAUGGAAUUGGUUUAUGAUACUGGCGAUUAUUUGAACUUUGGUUGUUUCUUUGCUUUCUCCCUUUAUCUAGAGCAAAAAUGUUCAUUUCAAUAAUCAUCCUUUACCACUCUCAAU